CGCGCCACGGCAGUCGUUCGGCUCACGUCGUACACGUCGCGCACACGUUCGCCCGCGUAUUUAGUAUAAUAUAAUAUAUACACACGACAACAAGUGGUCCGCGACGAUACCGUUUCCUUAAAGAUAAAACCGCAAACAGGGGGCCUAAGCACGUGACCCCUACUCACAGUCCUGUUAACUGGGCAGUUUUAUUUUUCUUCGUAUUUUUUGAACUCGACCGUCAAAGUGGCUAACCACAAUCACCACCACCAUGACCUGCGGUCCGUCGCAGCCGCCGCGGCCGUCGCGUAUCCGGACCCACGGCCCAACGAUUACUUGGGCUACUGUGACCCGGCCGCCGUCAACCUGUGGCGUAUGGUUGUGCCCCGCGGGGGCGGCCCGGCUCACCACCCCGAAUCCGUCGCACCGCAUCAGCCGCCGACCACGACGGCCACCGAGCCCCCUCACUGGGGCUACGGACCGUGGAGUUCGAUGCCCGCGCCGCCGCCGACUUCUCGGCACCACCAUCAAGGCGUCAAAAGGCAUUUCAACGAGAGCGAUGAUUGCGACGAYGCAUUUUCCGAGGAAUCCAGCAAAGACCAAUUCUCUAAAAACUAUCGCAAAAAAGCUUUGGUAAAUAUAUCCGAAAAUUACCUAAAUCUUUUCCGAGGAUUCCCAAGAAAUGAUAAAAUGAAAAUUUCCAAAUUAAAUACCAUCGUAAUAUUACGUCUGGACACGUUGGCCUACGAUCCGUCCAAGUACGCGAUGGACUACCAUAACAUCGGGUUCAGGGAAUGUGCCACUGAGGUGGCCAGAUACUUGGAGUCGGUGGAGGGCAUGAACGGCCGGGAUCCACUGCGCGAACGGUUACUGUCGCAUUUGCAGUACUUUGCGGCGCAGCGCGAGUACGCGGCCAAGUCGCCGGCCACUCCGGGACACCUCAACGGCCCGCCACCGCCACCAAGUUGGUACGGCGGUCAUCACGUCGGGGCACCGCCGCCGCCGCCACCGCCGCCACCGCCUACACUUCCGCCGGCGCACCAUUACCCGUCGACGACGUCGCCGCACCAACAACAACAACAACAGCAUCCUCCACCGUUGACCCUUCCUCCACCGCCGCCACCGCCCAGCCACAACAACAAUAAUUACGAGACGUCGGCCACGACCAUAGACGGUAUCAAGUCAGCCGCGGAAGCGGACACAACCGGUCUCACCACCCUGUCGUCCGUCCCGGCGGAUUAUCACCAUCACCACCAUCAUCACCAACAGCAGCAGCAACAACACGAACAGCAGCAGCACCACCACCGCAAUCGCGACGACUACCAGCACCAACACCAGCACGGCGGUGGUGCCGGCAACCAAUUGCACAACUUGCAACCUGUUCAACCGCCUCCGCAACCGCCGUCGGGCUAUCACGAAGCUGCCAUGCACCAACAGCACCACCAACAACAACAACAACAAUACCAAUCCGAUUCGUCCGUUUCCGCGCAGAUGAAACCCUACAGGCCUUGGGGCGCUGAAGUGGCGUACUGAAUAACACUCUUCCCAAUCGUACCGUUUACGAUUACGCUCAUUUCGUUAAUAUUAAUAAGUGGCGURCGAGUAACGUACCUAUAUGACAACUUUAUCAGAGUUUUUGUCUUCUGACAUUUUUAACUACUGUCAAUUAUUACCUAUUUAUAUGAUUAUUAUUAUUAUUAUUAUUAUUAUCAUAAACGUAUUCUAGUCAACGACCUUAACCAAAGCCAUUAUUGUUUUUUGUACUUAUAUAAAUAUUUUUAUAUUAUAGCAAUAAUAUUAACGUCACAAGUCGAAGUGCGAUUACAGCGAAUAAUAUUUCGGCCAACCUAUAUAUAUAUAUAUGAUUAUUGUUUCGCGUUCACUAUUCAUCAUAUAAAUAUUAUAUAUUAUUAUCAUUGAAUAAUUAACUCGUCGCUGAUGAUUGCAAUCGAUGGGUGGCAUAUUUUUUAAAGUUUUAUGUAUAUUAUUUAUAUUUUUUUGUGUACCUACUUUAAAAGUCUUACACCUGCAGGAGAGUUUUAUUUUGUACACGCAAAACAAUCCUAUUUUCAUUAUUAAUAUA